AUGAGCUCAAUAACAGCUGUAAAACAGAGAAGGGUUACGACCAGUACAAGCAGUGGUAAAAAAGACAAUGAUAAGGGAAAAUUGAAUACUGCAGACAAGGAUAAACUGCUUUACGAUUAUAAUGAGUUACCGGAAUGGCAAAAGGACAACGACAAAAUUAUAACCGGCUAUGUCCGUGAGAACAAUUCAUUUGUUAACUGUUUGAAAUCUCUAACGUAUUUGAACAACGAAUCUGUCAACAUCUACACGCAUUUGUGCUCUGCGAUGGUUUACUUUGUGUUGUUACUUUUUUUCACCGAUUUAAUGCUAAUUCCAUCGUUCCCAUCCACAACCAUGACAGACUACAUUAUAAUAAACUUCUACCUGCUGGGUGCGUUUAUGUGUUUAAUGUGCAGCAGUUGCUUUCAUUGCUUCAAACAGCAUUCGGAGGCCCAUUCAGACAUCUGGAGUAAAGUGGACUACAUGGGCAUCAUUGGAUUGAUUUCCUGCUCGGUGAUAUCUUUGCUCUAUUACGGAUUCUUCGAUCACGUCUUCUAUUUCAAGUUAUUCGCUGUAAUAACUGUGGUGUUGGCAACCUGCUGUAGUGUUUGCGUUCUGAGUGAAAAGUUCAACACAAAAAACAUGCGUCCAUUGCGGGCUACUUUCUUCAUUGGAUUCGCAUUUAGUUCGAUCAUCCCAAUACUUACCGGUACUCUAAAAUUUGGACUGUCUGAAGUUGUCCAUAGAGUGCAAUUGAGAUUUGUCGGUUGGGAAGCACUCUUUUAUCUAUCCGGGGCUGUCAUUUACGGUUAUAGAAUCCCAGAAACUAUAGCGCCCGGGAAAUUCGAUUUUUUUGGUAGCUCCCACCAGAUUUUCCAUGUACUUGUGGUUAUCGGUUCACUUUGUCACUUGAGAGCCGUUAUGGGGUCUUAUAUGUUUAUGCAUUCGCACUUGAACGCUCCCAACUUGAUCACCUUCAAAGUCUGA